UAGCGGGGCAGGAGUGUUACCGUAGCUGUGAUUGUGUGUGCAUGACUCCGGAGGCAGGGAUGGAUUAGGACGCGCCGGUGUCGGAGAGUGGUUGUUAACCGUUAGUGUAUUUGUCGAUGUAAUGUAGUGAUUAAAUGCAGAAAAAGGAGAUAAAUGCGGCAUUUCGGCGGUGAAUGGGGAGCGUCAGCUGUAGCACGGGGAGGGAUGGUGUGAUCCAGCCCGGGGAACAGCCUGAGAAGGCAGGACGGGAGGAGGAUGCUGGACUCCACAGCGCAUCGGAGACCGCCGUGUGACCCGAUCAAACGCAGGACUUAAAGAUUUACUCAUCCUGACGAACAACAGACACCAGCGUCGUUAUUGUCGUAUGCAAAACCUUACCGUGGAACAGCCAUUCAGCUAGCUAGGUUAGCAAGGUAUGACAUUAGCAUUAGCUAGCAGGAACCUGGCGUAGGGCGCUGAACGUCAUUGAUUUGUUUACAGCGAGCCGUCGCUGCUAGCAGGUUAGCUUCCCGGGAGGUGCCUGCCGAUGGGCUGAGCCGCUAACCUGUGCGCGCUGUGCGUCAGAAAUACCGCUCGCUGUAUAGGUAAAACUAGCAAACUUCAGGUAGCUGGGAUUUUCGUCGAAGCGUAGCUAGUUUGUUAAAAAGGGUGCUGCCUAUUUGUAAACGUUACAUGGGGAUGUAACGUCGCUGUAACUGUGCAGACCUGAGGUCAUAUUGCUAUCCGGCAGACUUGCUUAACUAACUACAGGAAGGAAUCGCGCACCAUAUCUUCCCUGCUGGAUUCUAAACUGAUGAGCACGAUUUUUUUAGCUCUGCCUACCCUGUGCUCUCUGAUGCCCCUGCUGGUGGCUGAUGGAACAGAAGGUCCUCUGCAAGCCCAUCAUGGUGUCUAGGCUGCCCAAGUUUGGUGCCCGCCCCCCAGCGGGCACCAGCCCCUUAGCCAACGGGUCGGUCCAGUCGGCCGCCGCCCCAGAGGCGAAGUGCCCCCCUCCCGGCAGGCAGAAUGGGAUGGUCCGCAUGUCCCCCUUUUCGCUCAGGUGGAAGAAAGACGGCGGGGAUUCGGCCGGCCAGCCCAGCCCCGAAGCACCAGAGUGCGAGGAUGACAGCGCCGGCCAUCGCCCGCGGCAACAGGUGUCCGCACCCCGAGAGAUUAAAAAACCCUCCACCCCCACCAUCAAAGCACGGCGGCUCACCACGGCAACGGGCCCCGCCAGCCCCAAGGCUGUUGCGCAGACCCCCAGAAGCGGGCCUCGAGCGGUGCCCAAAGCGGCGCUGAACGGGGCGGGGGGGCGGGGCGCGGGGCGGGCGGGGGGAGGCCUGGUUCGGCCCCGUGCCGGCUCCAGCUCCACCCGCAGCAGCUCGCGGGACAGCCUGUCCCAGUCCAGCGACAGCCUGAAGUCUCUGCCGCCCGACAGCAUGGUGCGCUCACAGAGCUUCACCCACGCCAGGCAGCUGCUCCCCCCCAGCAACCCCCCCAUCAGCCGCUCCUUCUCCUUCACCCGGGCAGUGGAGCUGGCCAAGCCGCUGGCUGACACGCGGCUGCGCACGCGUACCCCGCUGCUGCACCCCACGGGGGGCCCGUCCCGGCCCGGCGUGCCCCCUGGCUGCUCCACCCCCCCCAGCCCCCUGAAGAAGCUGCUGCUGCCAUCGCUGGGCUGCAGGCUGAGCCGUCCACGCCCGUUCCUGACCCCGGCCCGGCCGGGCAAUGGGGGCAGCGACUCAGCUGAAACGUCACCGGGCACGUCGGACCCCCUGAGCGAGGCGGAGAGGGUGGCCCCCACCCUGCCCUCGCACCCGGAGCCCGGGGCCAUGCGGUACCCCUCUGAGGACAUGUCCCUCUCCUCCGCCUCGUCUCUGGAGCGGAACGACACCAGCGAGGACUUCUUGGACGACUUCGAUAACCUGGGAGAUGGCGGGAUGCUGCUGCAGCCAUGUCCCCCUGACGACGGCGUCCCCGACAACCAGCAGCCGGGCACGCCCACCCGCCCGCGGCUCCGUGGCUUCCUGUCCGACGCCAUGGACUGGGCGGGCGUCGGCCUGCCAGGUGGGCUGGAUGACAGCAGGUCUCUGGCCCUGUCCCCGGAGGUGGACUUCCCCCACGGCUCCUCUCUGGAGCUGUCCCCCUCAAACAGCUCGGGGGGAACCUACAUGUGGGACGAGGAGGGCCUGGAGCCCCUGGGCCCCGCCCACCCCUGCGCAAGCUUCGACUCGGACAUCAACAGUAUGGACCUGCUGGACCACCUGGAGUCAUGUGACCUGGAGGACGAUGACCUCAUGCUGGACGUGGACCUGCCUGAGGACGGCUCCCUGCACAGCGACGCUGACGGGAUGUCCCACCUGGAGCGCUCAGAGAGGGGGGGCAGGCAGGGCCCCUGGAGGAGGCGGCCGCAUCGCUGGAGCGGCUCGGACCAUUUCCACAAUGACAACAGGGGUGCUCUUUUCCCUCAGUUUGACGGGUUUCCUGGCCCAGGCCUGGCCCGAAUGGGGCCGCGCGCUCUCCGGGAUGGCCACGCGGUGGUGCUGGAUGAGCUCACCCUCAGACACAUGGCCCAGGACUGCUCCUCUGUCAAAACACAGCUGCUCAAACUGAAGAACCUGCUGCAGAUGGAGGAUGGGGGUGUGCUGCAGGAUGCUCUGCUUUCGGGGGUCCUGAGUCCAGAGUCCAGCGAGGACAGCAACACCGCCCUGCAGGUGGAGGAGUUGAUGGGGGAGGUGCAGGACCUGAGGGAGGAGCUGAGGAGGAAGGAGAAGACCAUCACUCAGCUGACCCAGCAGGUGUCUGCUCCUGCACAUGCCCCGAGGUGCCAGUGCCAGCAGAGGGCGCCGGCGGGCCGAGGAGAGAGACGCACGCACCACGACAAGGCCACGCAGACGCCCUGGAGGGGACACGCGCCUCAAAUACUACAGCCUACCAAGCACAGCCUCAGCGACCCCCACCCUGCGCAAAGACUAGCAAACUCAGCCCCCUGCGAGGCCCGCUGUGACGUCCGCCUGACCCGGGAUCAGCCCAGCACUGGCAGCCAAUCAGACGCCGCCGCUGCGAAGGCCCCGCCCCAUGACCCGGACGAGCUGAGUCGCCUCCUCAGCGCCCACCUCAACAUCAACGGCACAAGGGGCCUCGCGGGGUCACUGCGGCCCCCAGAGACGCCCCGCCCUCCGACCCCGCAUACACCCCGCCUCCACAGGAAGGGGUUAGUCACAGCCCCGCCCCCCGGGCUGCAUGGCGCCGGGGCUGCUGCCCUGAGGACCCUGCCCCCUCCAUCCCACGGGCUGCCCUGUUUCAGCGCCGGGGCCCAGCCCCCGAGCCCUGCCCUGCCCCGCGUCCCGUACGGACACCCCCCACCCCAAAAACACGGAGACGCUCCCGGCCCCAGCAAGCCCAAAGCCAGAGGCCUCACCCUGCCCAACCACUCACGCCUCCCCAAACCAAAGAUCCACUGACCACCCCCCUCUUCCCUGUCCUGGCACUACUAGGCGCUCCCCGCCCCCCCCCGGAGGACUGCUGUGUUCAGGACACAAACACCGAUCCAACAGCAUUAAUUUAUUAUUAAUCUAUGGCUGAACUGAGUGGGAAGUGCAGUCUGAUGUGGAUCUCAAGCACCACACACACAGAGACAGGGUGGAGACUGGCCCCGUGCGUCUGAGGAAAGCCUGGAGGUUUCUGUGUGCACACCUCCCUCUCCACUGUAACAUUACACUGCAACUAAAGCCUUCACUGAAACACACGUACACACACGCAGACGCACACGCACGCACACGUACACGCACACGUACGCCCCCACACACA